ACCACACACACCCAUGCAUUAGACACAAUGACAUUGCUCUUGUUCUGACAGGACUGGAAACUUGGAUAGAAACCUGUUAUUGUGAUUCAAGGAAGUGAUAUUUGAGGAAAUGAAGAGUACAGGAUAUAGAGCUGGAGCUCUUCACUUACAUAUUGGAUAUCAUACCUGCAACUCCUAAACCGACUGGCCCAUGUAAAGUGUUCAUCAAUUGUUGCCAAGUUGACAUCAGCAGGAUUAACAAAUCUCCCACACCCAUUCAUUGUGGCGAAGGUGUAUAGUCACAUUCCCCUGCACAGCAGAGUGUGUGCUGGUGCAAGACUCAUCUGGUUGAAAGCUCUCCAAGUCCUAGAAGUUAAGGAUGAGUGGUUGUAGUUGUCUGCGCCCAGAGACUGAUUCAGAGGAUGAGUACAGGGAAAGUUCUGAAAAUGAGCCAAAAGAGGAAGUGGUCACCAAGGUGGAUGGAGAUGUGAUCGUGUCUGCAGCUGUUGCAGGUGCAGCAUACAAAGUUCAGAACAGUCGAGACCGUGAAAUGGAACGGAAAAAGAUAAGGGAACGGGAAAAAAAGCGGGAGCAUGAAAGACAAAAAGAAAGAGAGAGAAACAUGGAAAGGGAAAAAGACAGAAGAAGGCAAAGAGAAAGAAAAAAACAAGUGGAGAAACAGAAACAGACUAGCAAGUCUAGACAGAAACAAGCAGAAAAACAGAAAAAAAAAUAAAUAGGUUGA